CUAGCUCUCACCCAUAUUGUACUAUUUCCCACUUUGAAAAUGGUAGGUGCUAUUCUCAGAAGAUGUAGCUUGCCUGAAGGGGGCCCCGAGGGAGAAGGAGACGUAAAGACCGGGGACGAGCAAUAAUAAUAAUAAUAUUGGGCGAGUCUGACAUAUCUUCCGUACCAUUAUCUACUUAGCUCUAUUUUUUGUUCUGGCGUUAUAAUCCCCCAAAUCAUUGAUAUAUAACUAACAUUAAAUUUUAUUGCUCCGACGCACUGGUAUAUAGUAGACGACCUCAACUCUACGCAACGCUUGUGAUGCUAGUUCAGAAAAAAUUGCUAAGUUUCCUCCCACACAGACGUCUAACUUGGAUGCCCGUGAAAACCUAGGCACAGAGCUCAGCGUUAUAAACCAUCAAGCUCAUUUUUAGCAAGGUAACACUUGUUCCAUCCUCUCGCGCACGGCUGGCCCCGAAAAAGAUCACCACGGUAGCUCCCAGUGAAUCCCUUGAUGAUAUCCCUGGGGAAUUUGCUUAGGCGCUAGAACUGCCGUCACCCACUACCCGUCGUCUCCUAGAUCCAAGCUCCCCACAUCCCAAUCGCUCUCUUCAUCAACUCUCCGACAUGAGCAAACUUUUACCAGAGAUGAAGGGGUUCGGGGUCACCCAAAUUUCUAACAUUCUUACGCCACCUACUUCGAUGCAACAAGAUACAAUGACUGGGAAGACAGGUGGCUUGUGGAGAAAGAUUCAAACAAUGGCAGAAGGAAACCGGUGGCAUUUUUCUCGUAGCGCCUUGAAAGCAGUUAAGAAGAGUGAGCCAGAUGCCCGCAUCGGUUUGGUGCUCCCAGGGCUCGUUAUUUGCAAUUCACUCCUUGGACCUCGCAGGCCGGAGGACUGGGAGCAAAGUGAUACGGUCAGCGCUAUGAGCGAGGCCUUUGGGAAUUUGCUCCGGCAACCUAGCUCUGUCAACGCAUCUAGCCACAGCCAAGCCAUUCAGCUUGAGGGGCAAGCCUUUAGUUUUGGUAAGACUGAUUCCCUCGAGAUAACUCAACAUUCCCCGAAAGAUGAGACGGAUGGGGGGGAAGGUAUUAGUGCCCAAGCCCGGCCCAUCCAACCUUGGGGUGUGCCAGAACCGGUGAGUCGUUGGUCCUCAUCUAGUGAUGAUGGGGGCCAGGCAGAUCUCCAGAAAAUGUAA